GCGCUUGGCUGGCCGCGGAGUCCGCCGAAGCUCUCCGAGGCGACUGAGGGGAAAAUGUCUCGGACCCUGGCGGUUGUGGCGGCUCGGGCUGUGGCGGGGGCUGCGGCGCGGGCAGCGUGAGGUCUUGAUAUUUUGGAAGCUCCAAGAGAAAAAUAGAUUAGGAAAAGUUUUAUUCUUUUAAGUGGACAUGGCUCAGAUAUCCAACAACAAUGAAUUUAAGCAGUGUUCAUCUUCACAUCUGGAACAAACAAGAACAAAAGAUGUGGGAAAAGAAGAAGCAUUACAAAUGGAAGCAGAGGCUUUAGCAAAAUUGCAAAAGGACAGACAAGUGACUGAUAAUCAGAGACGUUUUGAGUUGUCAACCAACACUAGACAAAAAACACAAGUUUAUAAUAAACAGGAUUAUGAUCUCAUGGUGUUUCCUGAAUCAGAUACCCGAAAAAGAGCUGUAGAUAUUGAUGUAGAAAAGCUCAGCCAAGCUGAACUUGAGAAACUAUUGUUGGAUGACAGUUUUGAGCCUAAGAAAACACCGGUAUUGCCAGUUACUCCUGUUCUGAGCCCUUCAUUUUCAGCACAGCUCUAUCUUAGACCUACUCUUCAGAGAGGACAGUGGCCACCUGGACUAUCUGCACCUUCCACUUACUCUUUACCUUCCUUUUACCAGUCAACUUACAGUAGUAAACAGACUGCAUUCCAAAAUGGCUUCAAUCCAAGAGUGCCCACUUUUCCACCUACAGAACCUAUGUAUUUAAGUAUUCCAGGACAGUCUCCAUAUUUUUCAUAUCCUUUGACACAUGCUGCACCCUUUCAUCCACCAGGAAGCUUGCCUAUCUAUCGUCCAACAGUCAGUCCUGACAUGGCAAAGCUGUUUGACAAAAUAGCUAGUACAUCAGAGUUUUUAAAAAAUGGAAAAGCAAGGACUGAUUUGGAGAUAACAAAUUCAAAAACUACAAUCAGCAAUCUACAAGUAUCUCCAAAGUCUGAAGAUAUCAGUAAAUUUGACUGGUUAGACUUAGAUCCUCUAAGCAAGCCUAAGAUGGACAAUGUGGAGGUGCUAGGUCAUGCGGAAGAGAAAAUUGUUCCAGGUUUGCCAGUAGAAGAUCCUUGGGAUGCUGUUCUUCUUGAAGAGAGAUCGUUAGCAAAUUGUCACCAUGAAAGAAAGGUGAAUGGAAAAUCUCUUUCUGGAGCAACUGUAACAAGAAGCCAGUCUUUAAAUAUUCGAACAACUCAACUUACGAAAGUCCAGGGCCAAAUAUCUCAGAAAGACCCAAAUGGGACCAGAAGUUUGCCAACUGGAAGUUCUCUUCUUCAAGAAGUUGAAGUACAGAAUGAGGAGGUGGCAGCUUUUUGUCAAUCCAUUACAGAAUUGAAGACCAACUUUCCAUAUACCAGUCACUGCACAAAUCCAGGUUAUUUGUUAAGCCCAGUCAUACUGCAGAGAAACAUCUGUGGAGAAAAUGCCAGUGUGAAAGUCUCUAUUGAAAUUGAAGGAUUUCAACUACCAGUUACUUUUACAUGUGAUGUGAGUUCUACUGUAGAAAUCAUUAUAAUGCAAGCCCUUUGCUGGGUACAUGAUGACUUGAACCAAGUAAAUGUUGGCAGCUAUGUUCUGAAAGUUUGUGGUCAAGAGGAAGUACUGCAGAAUAAUCAUUGCCUUGGAAGUCAUGAACAUAUUCAAAAUUGUCGAAAGUGGGACACAGAGAUUAAACUACAACUCCUAACUUUCAGUGCAAUGUGCCAAAAUCUGGCCCGAACAGUGGAAGAUGAUGAAACACCUGUGGAUUUAAGCAAACACCUCCAUCAAAUAGAAAAACCUUAUAAAGAAGUCAUGACAAGGCACCCUAUUGAAGAACUUUUAGAUUCUUAUCACAACCAAGUGGAACUAGCCCUUCAAACUGAUAACCAGCACCGAACAAUAGAUCAAGUAAUUAAAGCUGUAAGAAAAAUCUGUAGUGCUUUAGAUGGUGUAGAGACUCUUGCCAUUACUGAAUCAGUAAAGAAGCUAAAGAGAGCAGUUAAUCUUCUAAGGAGUAAAAGUGCUGAUGUGACUUCACUGUCUGGAGGAGACACUGGCAGGCAUUCAUCUAGGGGCUCACUGAAUCCUGAAAAUCCUGUUCAAGUAAGCAUGGAUCAAUUAACUGCAGCAAUUUAUGAUCUUCUUAGACUCCAUGCAAAUUCUGGUAGGAAUCCUGCAGCCUGUGUCCAAAGUAACAGGAACAUCAAAGAGGCAUGGACCACAACAGAACAGCUCCAGUUUACCAUUUUUGCUGCACAUGGAAUUUCAAGUAACUGGGUAUCAAUUUAUGAAAAGUACUACUUGAUAUGCUCCCUGUCUCACAAUGGAAAGGAUCUCUUUAAACCUAUUCAGUCAAAGAAGGUUGGCACUUACAAGAAUUUCUUCUAUCUUAUUAAAUGGGAUGAACUAAUCAUUUUUCCCAUCGAGAUAUCACAAUUGCCAUUAGAAUCACUUCUUCACCUUACCCUUUUUGGAAUUUUAAAUCAGAGCAGUGGAAGUUCCCCUGAUUCUAAUAAGCAGAGAAAGGGACCAGAAGCUUUGGGCAAAGUUUCUUUACCUCUUUUUGACUUUAAAAGGUUUUUAACAUCUGGAACUAAGCUUCUGUAUCUGUGGACUUCUUCACAUACAAAUCCUAUUUCUGGAACAGUCCCCAAAAAAGGAUAUGUGAUGGAAAGAAUAGUGUUACAGGUUGAUUUUCCUUCUCCUACAUUUGAUAUCAUUUACACCCCUCCUCAAGUCGACACCAUCAUACAAAAACACAACUUUGAAACACUGGAAAAUGAUAUAAAAGGAAAACUUCUUGAUAUUCUUCACAGAGACUCAUCACUUGGACUUUCUAAAGAAGAUAAAACCUUUUUGUGGGAGAAACGUUAUUACUGUCUGAAACACCCAAAUUGUCUUCCUAAAUUACUAGCAAGUGCCCCAAACUGGAAAUGGGUUAGCCUUGCCAAAACGUACUCAUUACUUCAUCAGUGGCCUCCAUUGCACCCACUGACUGCAUUGGAACUACUUGACGCAAAAUUUGCUGAUCAGGAAGUGAGGUCCCUAGCUGUGACCUGGAUUGAGGCUAUUAGUGAUGAUGAGCUAACAGAUCUUCUUCCACAGUUUGUGCAGGCUUUGAAGUAUGAAAUUUACUUGAACAGUUCAUUAGUACGCUUCCUUCUGUCCAGGGCAUUGGGAAAUAUACAAAUAGCACACAACUUGUAUUGGCUCCUUAAGGAUGCCCUGCAUGAUGCCCACUUUGGUGCCCGUUAUGAAUAUAUUUUGGGUGCUCUCCUCUCAGUAGGAGGAAAAGGACUCAGAGAAGAACUUUUGAAACAGACAAAACUUGUGCAACUUCUAGGAGGAGUAGCAGAAAAAGUAAGACAGGCUAGUGGAUCAGCCAGACAGGUUGUCCUCCAAAGGAGUAUGGAAAGAGUACAGUCCUUUUUUCUGAGAAAUAAAUGUCGUCUACCUCUCAAUCCAAGUCUUGUGGCAAAAGAAUUAAAUAUUAAGUCUUGUUCCUUCUUCAGUUCUAAUGCUGUGCCCCUAAAAGUCACAAUGGUAAAUGCUGAUCCCAUGGGGGAAGAAAUUAACGUCAUGUUUAAGGUUGGUGAAGAUCUUCGGCAAGAUAUGUUAGCUUUACAGAUGAUAAAAAUUAUGGACAAGAUCUGGCUUAAAGAAGGAUUAGAUCUGAGGAUGGUGAUAUUCAAGUGCCUUUCAACUGGCAGAGAUAGAGGCAUGGUAGAACUAGUUCCUUCUUCAGAUACCCUCAGGAAAAUCCAAGUGGAAUAUGGUGUGACAGGAUCCUUUAAAGAUAAACCACUUGCAGAGUGGUUGAGAAAAUACAAUCCCUCUGAGGAGGAAUAUGAAAAGGCUUCUGAGAAUUUUAUCUAUUCUUGUGCUGGAUGCUGUGUAGCCACCUACGUUUUAGGCAUCUGUGAUCGACACAAUGACAAUAUAAUGCUUCGAAGCACAGGACACAUGUUUCACAUUGACUUUGGAAAAUUUUUGGGCCAUGCACAGAUGUUUGGUAGCUUCAAAAGGGAUCGGGCUCCUUUUGUGCUGACCUCUGAUAUGGCAUAUGUCAUUAAUGGAGGUGAAAGGCCCACCAUCCGAUUUCAAUUGUUUGUAGACCUCUGCUGUCAGGCCUACAACUUGAUAAGAAAGCAGACAAACCUCUUUCUCAACCUCCUUUCACUGAUGAUUCCUUCAGGGCUACCAGAACUUACAAGCAUUCAAGAUUUAAAAUAUGUUAGAGAUGCACUUCAACCACAAACUACAGAUGCAGAAGCUACAAUUUUCUUCACUAGGCUGAUUGAAUCAAGUUUGGGAAGCAUUGCCACAAAGUUUAACUUCUUCAUUCACAACCUUGCUCAACUGCGAUUUUCUGGUCUUCCUUCCAAUGAUGAGCCCAUCCUUUCAUUUUCACCCAAAACAUAUUCCUUUAGACAAGAUGGUCGAAUUAAGGAAGUCUCUGUUUUCACUUAUCAUAAGAAAUACAAUCCAGAUAAACAUUAUAUUUAUGUAGUCCGAAUUUUGAGGGAAGGACAGCUUGAACCAUCAUUUGUCUUCCGGACAUUUGACGAGUUUCAGGAACUUCACAAUAAGCUCAGUAUUAUUUUUCCACUUUGGAAGUUACCAGGCUUUCCUAAUAGGAUGGUUCUAGGAAGAACAAACAUAAAAGAUGUAGCAGCCAAAAGAAAAAUUGAGUUAAACAGUUAUCUACAGAGUUUGAUGAAUGCUUCAACAGAUGUAGCAGAGUGCGAUCUUGUUUGUACUUUUUUCCAUCCUUUACUUCGUGAUGAGAAAGCUGAAGGAAUAGCUAGGUCUGCAGAUACAGGUCUCUUCAGUCCUACUCCAGGCCAAAUAGGGGGAGCAGUGAAAUUAUCUGUCUCUUACCGAAAUGGAACUCUUUUCAUCAUGGUGAUGCACAUCAAAGAUCUUGUUACUGAAGAUGGAGCUGACCCAAAUCCAUAUGUCAAAACAUAUCUACUUCCAGAUACCCACAAGACAUCCAAACGUAAAACCAAAAUUACACGAAAAACUAGGAAUCCAACAUUCAAUGAAAUGCUUGUGUACAGUGGCUAUAGCAAAGAAACUCUAAGAAAAAGAGAACUUCAACUAAGUGUACUCAGUGCAGAAUCUCUGCGGGAAAACUUUUUCUUGGGUGGAAUAACCCUGCCUUUGAAAGAUUUCAACUUGAGCAAAGAGACGGUUAAAUGGUAUCAGCUGGCUGCAGCAACCUAUUUGUAAGGUAGUAAAUUUCUGAGUUUUGGAAUCAAGAAUAAUUAUAAACAUGUGUACCCGUCUACCCUUGUGAACUUUGUAUAGUAUUUUUAUACUUGGAUAGAAAUUAUAAAGUGUACUUGCUGCCUUUAAAUACAUCUGUUGGACCAACAGUCACAUAACUAACUUUUAUGAAUUUCCUAAAGCCAUUGCUAUUUUAAAGUCAUUAUAGAGAAUGCUAUAAAUUCUAAACUUAACCCUUUGCACUCCAAACCAUUUUAUGAUAUUUUGAUUUAAUUUCUUGUGCCAUUUCAAAAUAAAACUUCAGGGAAACAUGCAUGUCUCAAAAAGUUGCAUUGAAAUAACCUCAGUUCCCCGUAAUCACUAAUAAAUUGCAAUGUCCCCUGAGAGGGGACAUCCGAGUGAUAUGCUAGAAUUCCGAUGUCCCCUGAGAGGGGACAGCGGAGUGCAAAGGGUUAAUAUAUAACAAGUCCUAGAAAAGAUUGCAUUGGUGAAGGGUUUAAUCAUUUCUUGAGUAAUUCAGAACGAUAGCUUUAGUUUGGUCUGAUAAUACUGUGUUAGAUAGACACAGCAUGUUUGCUUUCCUGUUGUGCACACUUUAUAGCCUUCACCACUGUGUAUGUUUGCAAACACCAAAGGAAAGGAAAGCUACAGGAUGUUACCAUAAAAUAUAGCUGCUAUUCAAAGGGCAGAAAGCAAAGCACAAAAACUAGGUAGCUAUGUUAAGAACUACUAAGUAGUUUAUAGAAUUAGGGAAAAAUAAUACUGCUUUGUAUCAUUCAUGUUUUUAAAGCUUUUUUUCAGAAUAAGUGCCAGUCACUGAAGUUGUAAAUAAUGGUGCCUUAACUUCAUAUGCUUCCCUGGCACUUCAUUCUGUUAUUUUCCCCUGACUUUAAAAAUAAUUAGUAGAUAGUUUUGACUCACUUUCAACUUACUAAAUACAAGAAAUUAUGUAUACUUACUAAUGUUUUUCUCACAGGAAGAUCAUUUCUCUGCUUCUGAUAAAAGAAUCAGUUAAACAGCCAUUUGAUCUGUUUUUGUUGUCCAGUAACUGAAUGAGAUGUAGCUGUACACUAAUUUCCAUCAUUCCAUUAUAACCCUACAUUAUUCCCAGGAGUGUGAGUUGAAGUUUGGUAAUUUCAUCUUCAUAUAUUGUACUCCACUCCUUCAUUAAACAAGUGAAAAGUAUUCAGCCAUGUGCCCAUUCCUGUUUGCAAAAAGAAAUCCUUGUGUAGGGAAGAUCUUCACAAGAGGCACAGGACAAGAAUUCUAGGGUCCAGAUUGAAUUUUAAUGUAGACUUUCAUGGUAAAGUUUGUGUUAUAAGCUGUCAUACUUACAUUUGUAAACAUUGUACAUUUACAUGAACUACUUUCCUUAAUAUAAUGUGAUUCAGAAUCGUAAGGGACAUGAUUAAAGUUAUUCGACAGUUACCAUUAAGAAUAAGUUUCAAUUUUUAUUAGUCAUUCAGCUUUACAUGGAAUUUAGUGUUUAGUUUGGAUAAAUAUGUAAAUAUAAACCUCAUGGUUCAAGUAGAAAGCCAGACACUUUUUAAAUGGAAAUAGAGAUUGUAGCUAUUAGUUGCUGUGAGAUAACUGACAAAACAUGCAGUGAAGAAUACCAAGAGAGAAAAGACAAUCUCUAAAUAAGUUGCCCAGAAUAGAAUUUUUAUGAACUGUGCAAAUGUUUAAUGUAAAUGGUGAUGCCUGCAGAGAUGAAAUAGAAGAGUUGAUAAGGUAUCUAUGGGACAGGUUAAAAAAAAACUUGAAAUUUUUGGUGCCUAACACUAAUGGUCCAUUUGUAGGAAACCCCUUCAGUAUGAUAUAUGAAUGUCUUUUUUGUUGUUGUUAAAAUGUGUUGUUUAUUUAAUAAGUUAAUUAAAAUGCAGAUCAAAGCACCACUGUUUGCUUUUUCCACAUACGGUUAACAUUUUUCUUAAAGAAUAUAAGUAGUAUUGCAUAUGUAAAGAAGUACUAGAUAUUUUCACUUAAGAUUUUGAGACCUAAUUCCAUUCCAUGAAUUGUCACUUAGCCACUGUUUAAAAAAAAAUUUUUUUUUAAAGUACUAUCUUGGGAAAAGGUCAUUGUUAAUUGGAUUCAAUGUAUACUGCCUACAGGUAGUCUGUUACAGCAGUGUUUUUUAGCACAAAUAGUAGAGCUAGAAAAUUUAUCACUUCAAUUAUAAGAAAUCUGGACUCUUAUUUAAAAGUAUAUAUGAUUAGGGCCCCCCCUGGUGGCGCAGCGGUUGAGCGCUGGGUUGCGAGGCUGCCCACAGGCUCUGCAGCGCCAGUUCGAUCCCUGGCCACCGGCGAGGGUCCCACCAAAAAAAAAAAAAAGUAUAUAUGAUUAAUGCCAUAUACACUUAACCAGAGUUCAAAACAAGUGGUAAUGUUUUCCCCUAAUUUAACUCAUUUUGUGCCUUCUUUGGUCAUUAAAAAUACACAUGUACACAUUUUACAUAUAUUUUAAUAAUGUUAUUUGUGAAAUGAUAAUUUCAGCCCUUACCAAAAAAGGGGGGAGGGGAGACAAAGGCGCAUCUUUGCACUACAGCUAUCAACAGAUUUUAAAUCAGUUGGUUUUUUAAAACAUUUUUUUAAGGCUUACUUUAAGAUAAAUCUGAAACAAAAGUUUAAAAAAACUGGCCAAGACACUAGUUUUUAUGUAUAGUCACAAUGUUUUUAUACCUGCCUUUAUCAAGUAAAUAAUAAUGUUGUGUAAGUCCUGCAUCAUAAGAAUUCUUUCCUCUUGCCAGUGUUUUGGGAUUUGAAAAUAAUGGUUUACUCCAAGAACCUGUUUUCUUUACUGAGGAGCCCAGUGUAGAACUUGCACUGAUGUUUUUAUCUGCCUUUAUAUGAAUCUAUAAGUAUCUAAAUGUUAAGGCAUGUGUGAUCUUUGAUGAAGUAUUUUAUAUUUUCAAAUUAAAGUUGUAUAAAAGUUAUAAUAUCUUGCCUUAAAUUGAUUGACUGUUCUUCCUAGGAUUUAAAUUGCAGCAUUUAAAAAAGAAAACAUAAUUUUGAUAUUUAGACUUCAAAAGGAUCUAAAGCCCUACUACCAUAAUCCAUAGGUUUAUUUACACACUGACUAGCACGUGCAAAAAUGAAUAUGGCAAUUAGUCUCACCUAUAAGAACCAAAUACUUUAAUUAUAAUAGUGAGAAAAGAUGUAUAAUAUUUUUAUUAAUACCUUGAAUAUAUUCAGUGAAUUGAAGAUGACUUUCAUAACUGUACUACAAUUGUAUUAAAAUACUUCUGGAAUAAAGGAACUUGCUAUCAUUUAUUGCCUCAUCAAUGUAUUAA